CACGCUUCGCUCGUUUCGAUCUGAUCUACUCGUUUCGUCUCUCAUAAAACUGUAUAUGGAAAAGUUUCCUUUCGUGUUGCCGGGUGUUAAUGUGAAUCUCCUUAAUUAGUAAUAUUGAGGAGAGAUUAGUUUAGUUGCUUUCUGACUUGGGGAUCAAAAGAUCAAACCUUUCUUGUUCUGUAGUAUUGCCUCAUUCUCUAUAACUUUGACUGAAUCAACCAAUUCAAUUAAUGUGUGUUUUCUUUACCAGUUUUAGUUUGUAUGGAACAGUGUUUUGGUAGGUGGGAUUUGCUAAUUUAGCUAUUUGUGUAUAUGAUUUACCCAUCAAAUUUGACUCUUAAAUGAUUAAACUUUUUUUUUUGACCAAAAAAUGAUUAAACUUUUCUUUCUGGAUGCACUUUUGGUGUCUCCUGUUAUGGGAUCAGUGUGCAAGGAUGUGUUUUUUUCUUCUAUUGCUAAAAGUGCAUCCAGAAAGUUUUCUUGAUCUUAUAUGGUUUGACAAGGAAUCUACUACUAAUGAGAUGUAAGUUGGUGAUCACACUGAACAUCGAGUUAGCUGGACAUAUUAAGGCUUCUUGAUCUAUAGUGUGAAUGAAAGUUUCUCUGGAACGCCUGAGAAGCAUAUGACCCUCCAUAGAAAUAGGUAGACAUCUCCUAGUUGAUUGUAGCUUCUAUUUUUGGCUGACAUGUGUAUGUAACUAAGCAGUCUAAAGCUGAUAAGACAAGUGUUUUGAUGGGUGGUGAUGUGAUUUUUAUCAUCUUUCUUGUAAUCUCUUGUUAGGUUGACAGAAUGAAAUCUAGAACAGCUCAUUUAUUGGAAUUUUUUUUUAGGAUGAAAAGAGGAGCUCUUAAACGGAGUGCUAGGCAUAUCUCUGUUGUACUUGUUGUGCUUGUUUGUGCAACCGUCGGCAUAUGGACAUGGGAUAGUAAUCCAACCACGGCCUUUCUUCCACCUGAAAGUCGAAUUUUAAAGCUGGAAACAGUUGCAGAAGAAAAGGCUGAGAAAAUACCUACGGCACAGAAUACUGAAACUAAAGAUAGCUACUCAUCAGCUACACCCUUUGUAAACAAAGAGCAAAACAAAGAGGAUCAGACCGAUAAUAAAGAUACAGAACAAAAACAGAAACAAGUGGAAGAAGUUAGUGUCAGUGAGACGAAUCAAGGGAAACCAUCACCUAUUGAAGAAAAGCACCUAGAGCGAGUGGAACAUGAGGUUAUUGUAAGUGAGCCAAAACAUCAGAAGACACCAACUAGUGAAGAAAAAAAUCUAGAACAAAUAGAACAUGAAGUUAUUGCAAGUGAGCCGAAACAUCAGAACACACCAACUAGUGAAGAAAAUAAACUAAAACAGGUGACACAAGAGGUUUUCGUUGGUGAGGCCGAACCAAAUACAACACAUAUUGAAAACACUACUUCAGAUCCAGAGAAUAAAACUCUUGCAACAGAAGAAGCCAAGAAAGAUAAUGGUAGUACUUCAACCGCUUCCAUCGUCAAUCAAGCUUGCAAUUACGCAAAAGGGAAAUGGGUUGUGGACAAGCACCGUCCUUUGUAUUCAGGACGUCGUUGCAAACCGUGGCUUGCCUCUAUGUGGGCGUGCAGGUUAAUGCAACGCAAAGACUUCGCCUUCGAAAGGCUAAGAUGGCAACCUAAAGACUGCUCUAUGGAAAACUUUGAGGCUUCCAAGUUCUUGAGAAGGAUGCAGGACAAGACCCUAGCCUUCGUUGGAGACUCGUUAGGAAGACAACAGUUUCAAUCCAUGAUGUGUAUGAUCACAGGAGGCAAGCAAAGACUCAAUGUCCACGACGUGGGACCAGAGUUUGGAUUCAUAACUCCCAGAGGCGGAGCUCGUCCCGGUGGAUGGGCUUAUAGAUUCCAAGAAACCAACACAACGGUCCUAUACCACUGGUCAUCAACCCUCUGCGACAUACAACCGAUCAAAAUCUCCAACCCUUUAACCGAACACGCCAUGCAUCUAGAUCGCCCACCUGCGUUCUUACGCAAUUACCUUCACAAGAUCGAUGUCUUGGUGAUGAACACGGGCCACCACUGGAACCGAGGGAAGCUCAACGGCAACAGAUGGGUGAUGCACGUGAACGGCGUCCCCAACGCUAACAGGAAGCUAGCCGCUCUUGGCGACGCCAAGAACUUCACGAUCCACAGCACUGUGAGUUGGGUUAGCUCACAGCUCACUAACCAUCCGGGUCUUAAGGCCUUCUACAGAAGCCUCUCCCCGAGACAUUUUGUGGGAGGGGAGUGGAACACGGGAGGGAGCUGUAAUAACACGACGCCAAUGUCUAUCGGGAAAGAGGUUUUGCAAGAGGAGUCUAGUGAUUACAGCGCGGGACAUGCGGUCAAAGGUACGGGGGUUAAGCUUUUGGACGUAACGGCGUUGUCUGGUGUUAGAGACGAAGGGCAUAUAUCGAGGUUUGGUGUCUCGGCUUCGAGAGGAGGUCAGGAUUGUCUCCAUUGGUGCUUGCCUGGUGUUCCUGAUACGUGGAAUGAGAUCCUUUUCGCAAUGAUAUAAUGUUUUUGCAUCAGCAGAGAAAGGGGUUGUGAGCCUUUUUGAUAGCUUUUUAUACAACAUUGAGGUAGUAGGGCCUGAGAUGUAAGUUAUAGUAUUUAUUCUGGUACAGGACUUACAGGUAAACAACCAUACCCUGGCUUUGUCAGACCAUGUUUACAGAACAGAACCUAACUCAACUUUUUGUCCUUUUUGAGUCGAUUAAUAGAAAUUUUUGGAAAUUUAUGUUCUG